ACACGGAAGUGUCUGUAACGUUACCGGAAUCGCGUCGGCGUUUUGUCAAUCUCAUGUGUCACUGUAUCACUGACUGAAGCCAUGCUUCGCUUAACAGCGCUGUUAAUUGUUGUCCUUUGCUUGCAUCAAGUUUGCUCCAAUACAUUGCCAGGUAACGCUCUAGGAGAAACUCCUAAGCCACCGGACACAGAUGAAGGUACGACUGUUUUGCAGAGCAUAUCAGCAAAUGGGCCAAAAAGUAAUGACGCCAGCACAUCAAAGAAUGAUGAUCCUGUGAACACAGUGGUUGAAACCCCUAAUGAAGAAAAUACGAACACAUCUGACAGUAAUAAAAAGGUUAAACCCCCUCAAAUUAUUGAAGCUAAUCUUGAUAGCGAAAAUAAUGCUGCAAAAGAUGGAAAUAAUCAAACCCUACCUGACCCCAAUAUAGAAGAUGAUGAAAACACAAUCCCGGAAACUGUUACAAAAGAUAAAGAUGUGUCAAACAAUGAAGGAAAUGGUGAUGACAAGCCGCCCACACUUGACCAAAAUAAAAAAGACGAUGACGCUGGUAAACCUGAUGUAGGUGCACCAAAAGCAGGUGGUAAUGUUAAAGAGAAGACAACCACAGAGAAACAAAAUAAAGAAGAUGAUAAACAAACAGACUCUAAACCUGCUGGAGAUGGUGGAGAAAACCCAACAGAUGAUAAGGGUCAAGAGGAGCAUAAAGACAGUGGAGAUGUACCAAGUGGUAAAAAAGGUGAAAAGCCAGCCACAGCUGACCAAAAUGAGGUUGAUGACAAUAGUAACCCUGAACCUUCUGAAGAAGGUGGAGAUGAAACAGAUGACAAGAGUGUAGAGAGGAUGACCACACCUGAGAACCCUACAGAGUUUGAUGAAGCGGCUGAAGGUAAAGGUGCUGUUGAGCAUACUGCUGGUGACCCUUCAAAUGAACAGGAUACAUCUAACAGCAAAACAGGAAAGAAGGACGAUAGAAAGCAAAAUGUUCAAUCAGAGAAUGCAGAGAACAGCCACUUCUUUGCCUAUCUGGUCUGUGCUGUUAUACUGGUGGCUGUGCUGUAUAUCGCAAGUCACAACAAGCGCAAGAUUAUUGCCUUCGUCGUUGAGGGCCGGAGAUCAAGAGGCACACGGAGACCCAAGACAUCAGAUUACCACAAACUCGAGCAGCAUUGAGAAAAUCCGGUCAGACGAGUCAGCGGUGGUGGAAUCGAAAUAUUUGAACUGAUUUUGAAACUUGAAUUAUCCAUAAUGAGGCAUAUAUCACCGCUCAUAAACACUGCACAGCAACAGUCACUAAUUCAUCCAAAAUGAUAUUAAUGAUGACAAAUUCUCUUCCAUCCAUAGCAUGUCAGGUAUGUUGAAGACAAUGUCUAUUGUAGCUCUAAAAUUUCUGGGAUGAUCUUCAUUUAGGUUUAGAGCGUUACAAACUCAUAAUUGAAAUUCGCUGUAGCGGUACAUAUUGUAGAUGUUGGUUCUGUAGCCUCUCGUUCUAUUUAAUUACCGAGCCUUUUUUGGUAGAGUUACGUGGUUUUCUUUGUUUUUUCCUUUUCUCAAUUUAUUGCUGGGCGAAAUGGGUAGUACAGAAGAAAAAGAUAUGCAUAUUUUUAAAGUAUAUAUUGGCUGCUUGAAUGAUGUUUUAUGGGAGAUUGGGAAUGAUUGAGUUUUGAAUUGUUCUGAGCGCUGCUGUACCACUUGAAGCGGAUUGCACACAUUUAUGGGACAUGAAGUUAUUUCUACAGGUGUGGACUAGAAAAGAAGCAGCAAGCUUUUGUUCCUACGUUAAAGAUGUUCUAAACACUAUGAAUGCAUCUUAUCUGCUAAAUCAGCUUUGAAGGGCUCAACAAAAAGGAUUUUAUCUGCUGGCCCAGUCAGACCAGUAGUUCAGAUUCAUACUUGCCCUUUUCAUUGCUCCAACAACAAAAAUAAUGUGUCAGAAAGAAAUGUAUUUAUAGUUUUUGUUAAAUGUAAUUUUUCUUCACCAAAAAUGACUAUAAUUUAUUUGGAUUUAAAGCAAUAAAAGAUUGAAAUUAUUUAAGGUAACACCAUGGCCCAAAAACGAUCUUUAUCAGUCAGCCCUGCUGUGUUUUGUUUCUGAUCAUUGAUAGAUUUUUUUUUUAAAUUGCAUACAGUAUGCUUUCCAUCUAUGACGUGUGAGGUGUUUUGAGUCUGUUGAAAUUACUUGUAUUUGAAUUUGUCAGUCAGUGGUGCAGUUGUGGUUUUCUAAAUGGACUGCACCUGGACACUUUGACAAAAAAA